CUUUAUUCCGAGGGAAAAAGUAAAAGUUCAACCCCCUACCAGGAAUCAUAGUAUUCCGACCAGCCCGCCAUCACCAUCAGUAUCACAUGCUGGGUCCGAUUCCUCAGAACGAGGCAGUUUAAGCAGCGAAUCAAGCGGCGUGUUUGAAUCGGAAAUCGGCGCUGUCAAACCAGACCUGUAUGCUAAGAGUAACGAUAUGGUGGUCAUGCAGACGGACAAGCAAGGGAAAGCGAAAAAGCUUGGAAAAUUGAACUUUAAAUUGAGAUAUGAUUUUGAUAAAUCUGACUUAAUUGUGACGGUGAUGACAGCCGAAAACCUACCCAAGAUGGAUUUCGGUGGAUCAAGUGACCCGUAUGUAAAGGUGUUUCUACUUCCGGAUGAAGACAGGAAGUUGCGUCAGACCCAUGUUCAGAGACGGACAUUAAACCCGACUUUCAACGAGACAUUUAAAUUCCCAACGACGUUUGACGAGCUACAAGAAAAAACGCUGGUGUUCACCGUCUACGAUUUCGAUAAAUUCUCUCGUCAUGACCUCAUAGGUGAAGUUAAAGUUGUACUGCGAGAUAUUGAUGUCUCGCGAGAAGUGGAUGUUUCGAGUGAUCUGCAGCCUUGUACUGUGAGACAAGCUGAGCUCGGCGAUCUUUUAUUUUCUUUGAGUUACUUGCCGACAGCUGAGAGACUAACAGUGGUUAUCAUGAAAGCUAGAAACCUAAAAGCCAUGGAUAUCAAUGGAAGUUCAGACCCUUACGUGAAAGUAUCAUUACUCCAGGACGGCAAACGUCUCAAGAAAAAGAAAACGGCAGUACGAAAAAACAACAGAAACCCCGUGUGGAAUGAGGCACUGGUGUUUAACGUCCCCACGGAGAGUUUGAAACAUACAAGCUUGGAGGUUACCGUAGUUGACUACGAUCUACUUGGCCAUAGCGAACUGAUCGGAAGGUGUGGUGUUGGAUCCGGAUUUGACGGCACCGGUCAUGAACACUGGCACGAUAUGCUGCACGCACAGAGGAAACCCACAGCUAUGUGGCAUACACUUCAUGAGUGA